AUGGACUUGGUGUUGAUCGUCAACUUAGCCAAAUGUCUGGCGGGAUAUUGGACUUUCAUUGCCGUCUAUGUUUGUGAUUCCACCCUCUUGCGCGAUUUCCCGGGUCCCAAUCUGGCCGCUCUGAGAUUGUGGUAUGAGUUCUGCUUCGACGUUGUCAAACGCGGGCAAUUCAUUGAUGCUGACAAAUUGAAGGUCCCCAUUGUCCGAAUCAGCCCUGAAGAGCUUCAUAUCAAUGAUCCAGAGUAUUGUGAUGAACUCUAUGGCUCAGUGACUCUGAAAAGAGACAAGUAUGAUAAUUGGGUGAGCUUGGCGGCUACUCCUGGGUCCAGCUUCUCGACCGAAAAUGUUGACAAAUUUUGCCGAAGCAUUGGGGCAGAUUUGAAAACGGGAGAAAUGAUCAGAACUGAUGCGGCUUAUGUCACAUUGACGAUGGAUCCCGACUUCAAGCUGGUUUGGAAAGAGACACUUGAAGGAGCUUUCGAGUGUGGCGCUUUGCUCAGACAGUUUCCGUGGAUACUGCCUUUGAUGAACAUGAUGCCAGACAGCUGGGUCUCGAGCAUGAAUCUAAGCAUGAAGUUAAUGCUGGGUUUGAAAGCAGGUGUGCGAGCGCGUAUCAAACCUAUUCUGGAUCACACCCAGUCAGCAAGAGAUCUUCAAGAGGCAUCUCAUAGAAGUAUCUUCAAUGAGUUGAGAGACAGCAUUUUACCGCCUGAGGAAAAGACCAUUGAUCGCUUGUGUGAUGAGGGACAGAUCUUGACCGGAGCUGGGACGAAGAUGGCCGCUGCGACUUUAUAUUACAUAACUUUCUAUCUGUUGUCGGAUAGGAAAAUUCUGGAUGCUUUGAGGGCUGAGCUGAGGGCUGUCAUGCCAACUCCGCGAUGUCCAGUUUCUGUCACGAAGUUGAAACAGCUCCCUUACCUGUCGGCGGUGAUAUCGAAAGGCCUUCGAAUAUCCAUCGGCGUCACUGCUCGGCUGCCUCGAAUAGCAACAGAUGAAGUUCUGACGUACAAGGAAUGGAUGAUUCCGUUUGGACGGACUCCAGUUAGCGAAAGCAGUUACUUCAUCCUCAUGAAUGAAAGCAUAUUCCCUGAUCCAACGGAAUUCCGACCCGAUCGCUGGCUUAAAGAUUCGAAAUACAACCGCUCACUGGAAAGUCAGUGUGAGAAAUGA